CGGAGGUGCGGCCGGCCGGCAGGCAGGUUACCAAGCGCUGGGGGAAGGCGGCGAGCCCCCGGGGUUAGCGGGGCCGCCCCCCCCGCCUCCCGCGGGGCGCCUCCGCCGGAGACCCCGCGCUUCUCCCUCGGGCGGAGGCGCGUGAGGGGGGCGACCGCCGCGCUCGGCCGGGGGCCGCCGGGCCCAACCGCCGCUCUCCCUCUCCCCUCAGCGGCGCGGGGCGAGCGGCCGCGGCCGGCGGCGGCGCCCGCCUCUGCCUCCUCCCCCUCGGUGCCCUGCCCCCUCCCUCCGCCGGGCGGCCGGCUGCGCGGGGAGGGAGCGCGGCCGAAAGGUGUUGCUGGAAGGGGAAGUUUGAAGAAGGUCGUCGGGUGCCUGGGCGCUCCGGCAGCAUCAUGGCGGAGCAGGGCGACUCGCCGGUCCACGUCCAGCAGCCGCAGCCGGCGCCCGCCGCCCCGGCCGUCGGCUGGCCCAUCUGCAGGGACGCCUACGAGCUGCAGGAGGUUAUCGGUAGCGGUGCUACAGCAGUUGUCCAGGCAGCGCUAUGCAAACCCAGGCAAGAACGUGUAGCAAUAAAGAGAAUCAACUUAGAAAAAUGCCAAACCAGUAUGGAUGAAUUACUUAAAGAAAUUCAAGCAAUGAGUCAAUGCAAUCACCCCAACGUGGUGACUUAUUAUACAUCUUUUGUGGUGAAGGAUGAACUUUGGCUGGUUAUGAAGCUGUUAAGUGGGGGUUCAAUGCUUGAUAUAAUAAAGUAUAUUGUCAACAGAGGAGAGCACAAAAAUGGUGUCCUUGAAGAACCCAUAAUAGCAACAAUUCUUAAAGAAGUUUUGGAGGGCUUAGACUAUCUACACAGGAAUGGGCAAAUUCACAGAGAUCUGAAGGCUGGCAACAUUCUUCUGGGUGAAGAUGGCUCUGUACAAAUAGCAGAUUUUGGCGUUAGUGCAUUUUUAGCAACAGGAGGUGAUGUUACUCGUAACAAAGUAAGGAAAACAUUUGUUGGUACUCCAUGUUGGAUGGCCCCUGAAGUAAUGGAGCAGGUGCGAGGUUAUGACUUCAAGGCUGAUAUGUGGAGUUUUGGGAUAACAGCCAUUGAGUUAGCAACAGGAGCAGCACCUUAUCACAAAUACCCUCCUAUGAAAGUGUUAAUGCUGACACUUCAAAAUGACCCUCCCACUUUAGAGACAGGUGUAGAGGACAAGGAGAUGAUGAAAAAGUACGGCAAAUCCUUUAGGAAACUAAUUUCAUUAUGCCUUCAAAAAGAUCCUUCCAAAAGGCCCACAGCAGCAGAACUUUUAAAAUGCAAAUUUUUCCAGAAAGCCAAGAAUAGAGAAUACCUGAUUGAAAAACUUCUCACUAGAACGCCUAAUAUAGCACAAAGAGCGAAAAAGGUCAGACGAGUACCAGGUUCCAGUGGUCACCUCCAUAAAACAGAAGAUGGGGACUGGGAAUGGAGUGAUGAUGAAAUGGAUGAGAAGAGCGAGGAAGGCAAAGCUGCAGUUUCUCAGGAAAAGUCACGAAGAGUAAAAGAGGAGGAGAACAUAGAGUCUCAGCCUGCUGUUAGUGACGAAUAUAGUGAAGUUCCAUGUGCAGUGAAUCUUGUCUUAAGAUUAAGGAACUCCAGGAAAGAACUUAAUGACAUACGGUUUGAGUUUACUCCAGGCAGAGACACAGCAGAUGGCGUUUCUCAGGAGCUGUUCUCUGCAGGCCUGGUUGAUGGCCAUGAUGUAGUUAUAGUUGCUGCUAACUUACAGAAGAUAGUAGAUGAUCCAAAGGCCUUGAAAACAUUGACUUUUAAGUUGGCCUCUGGCUGUGAUGGCACUGAGAUUCCUGAUGAAGUGAAACUGAUUGGGUUUGCUCAGUUAAGUGUCAGCUGAUGUCUGUCCCUUGACCCCAAGCCGAAUUGUGAGAUUGCGAAGAGGCCAGCUUAGAUGCAAAGGAAAAUUAAUGCACCACACACUGAGUUCUGCUUCAUUCUCUAGCAAUUCACAAAUUCAGAACAAGCAAAGCCCACAGCUACACCGCUGCUGCUAACAUUCAAAAUGCUACUAAAUGUCUCUUAGCAGUUGAUUUGGAUUCCCCCUAAAAAAGCCUGUGGAAGUGCACUCAGGUGGCUGUAUUUAUUGAUUACAAAAGGAAUUUUCUAUGAAGCUUACUUCUUUCAUAAACUUUGAGUGAUCCUAUUUUACCUGUACUUGUGGUUGAUAAUACUGCCUCUGUUCUGUUACAUUUAGAAAUUAACAUAAAUAUAAAAGUUAAGAAUUAUUAGCCAAACUUGAAUUCUGGUUUUAAAACUUGACUGUGAACUUUAUUUUUCAUAUAUUUAUGCAUUACACAUCCUAGUAAUAAGAAAAUGAUUUGACUUGAUCAUGUGCUAUUUGCAGUUAAUCUCCCAUUAUUUAAAAAAGUUUCAGGUAUAUCUUUCAAGUAUUUGGUAACUUCUAGGGGUUUUUUGAAAUUAAUUAAUUAGGCAUUAGCAAGCUUUUGUUGGUUGUGUGUCUGAAAAUGAGUCCACAAACUGAUUGUUAAGGGAGUGGGAGGUGCCUUGCAGACAUUGUUUUAAGAAUGUGCCUGAGGCUGCUUAAAUAAAUAAUCUCCAUUUUCUAGAAGUACCAUACAUAUGGUACAAUAUAUAAAAAGUAUAUAUAGUUAUCUGAGCAAGGAGGGGAUAUACAGUAGCAAAGGUAUUAGAGUAUUUUGACUAUGCUUUAUUGGGAAGUCUACGAGCUAGAACUACUUUGAACUGUUGUCCUUAAGGUAGACUGCUUACUGUCUCCAUCUCUGAUCCAACUUAUCCUUAAUGAUAGAAACCGGUUUCAUACAGGUGAUAAAAACUUGAAGAAUAGAACUGAAGCUUUACUUGAUGUUCUGCAAAAUACCAAGGUGGAGUGAAAAUAAUAGGGCUUUGUGCAAUGAUCAAGUAAAACUCUGUUACAAAGAAAACACUUCUGACCUAAGUAGUCUUAUGCUUAACCUGUGACAUAGAUGUUAUGGAGCUAGUGAACCUUAGACAGACUUUCAAAUUUGGAGACGUGUUUCUCAGAGGUUACAAUUUAAACUACUUCCUAGCUAAUCCUAGAUAAGCGGCAGCUCUUUAAUGUACUGAAAAUGGCAAAUAUAUAUUAUUAAGAGAAGUUAUUUAUAAUGCCUUGUCAUAAUCGUUGAGGUGUUCUUAGAGCCAUUUGCAUAUGACUCAAUGUAAUCCCAUCCCAUCCUACUGUUUACAUGAUGAUUACUCCAAGAUGACUGCAAAGGUUAAAAAAAAUAAAAUGAAAAUAAAAGUGUAUUGCACAAA